AUUACAGUACAGAACUAAACUACCUCAAUGGGAUCUUUGGCUGAGCAGUUGAACCAAGCAAGUCCAUUUUUGGGUGUAAUUUUGCUGCAAUUUGGGUUUGUAGGAAUGUCUAUCAUCACCAAAUCUGCUUUAAACAUCGGCAUGAGCCAACAUGUUCUGGUAGUCUAUAGGAAUAUUGUUGCCACCAUUGUCAUUGCUCCUUUUGCCAUUAUUUUUGACAGGAAAGUGAGGCCAAGGAUGACUUUCUCCAUCUUCAUUAAGAUAGCAUUGCUGGGCUUGUUAGAGCCUACAAUUGACCAAAACUUGUAUUAUACUGGCAUGAAGUAUACAACAGCAACUUUCACUGUUUCUAUGAAUAAUAUUCUUCCUGCCUUUGCCUUUCUCAUGGCUUGGAUCUGCAGGCUUGAGAAGGUUAAUAUAAGGAAACUGCAUAGCCAGGCAAAGAUAUCAGGGACAAUAGUGACAGUUGGGGGAGCAAUGUUAAUGACUCUAGUUAAAGGUCCAAUGCUCAAUCUGCCAUGGACAAAAGAACAUAACAGCCAUCAUCAAGAAUCUACAACUUCAGCAACUAAACAUGACCCCAUCAAGGGUGCUCUCAUGAUCACAAUUGGGUGCUUUUGCUGGUCUGGUUUCAUUAUUCUUCAGGCGAUUACGCUGAGAUCGUACCCUGCUGAGCUUUCCCUAACAGCUUUGAUUUGCUUCAUGGGUGCGAUUCAAGGCACGGUUUUAGCCGUCGCCAUGGAAUGGGGCAAUGCCAGUGCCUGGGCUAUAAACCUGGAUUAUAAAUUGUUAGCUGCUGUUUAUGGUGGAUUGGUCUGUUCAGGAGUUACAUAUUAUAUUCAAGGAGCGGUAAUGAAGAACAGGGGACCGGUUUUUGUGACAGCUUUCAGUCCUCUAGCCAUGGUGGUUGUAGCAAUUAUGGGUUCAUUUCUAUUAGGGGAGAUAUUAUACUUGGGAAGGAUAAUUGGAGCAAUUGUUAUUGUUUUUGGGUUAUAUCUAGUUUUAUGGGGUAAGAGCAAGGAUCAAACUCCAUCAGAAGGCAAGGAAGCCAUGAUCGAUAAGCAAAUCGAUACAACGAGUUCAGAUCAAGAGUUUGUCACCAUUGAUGUCACAACUCACAAAGAAUUAGAUAGACCUAUGGAAGGAUCCACUUGAAAAGGAACAACAUUGGGGGGAAAAAAGAAGAAGGCAUGCAAUGCUAGCUGAUCACUAAUACAAGCAAGUUAAACUGCAAUCGGUUCAAUGUUUAUAGUUUGUGUGGCAUGCUAUGGUGAUCCCUAAUAAAAGCAAGUUAAACUACA